GCCUGUAUCCGGACAUUUUACUGAAAUAUCACCCAAAAUGCAGUCUUCCAGGAGGAGUGAGAGUGACUGGCAGGGGCUGGUCAGCGAGUUCCUGGUGUGCAAACGCAAACUGGAGAGUAAGAAAGAGGCGCUGCUCAUUCUGUCCAAAGAGCUGGAUACCUGUCAGCAGGAGCGAGACCAGUACAAACUGAUGGCCAACCAGCUGCGAGAGCGCCACCAGGGACUCAAGAAGAAGUACAGGGAACUCAUUGAUGGCGACCCGUCUUUGCCGCCAGAAAAACGCAAUCAAGUGAACCUGGCUCAGCUGCUGAGGGACUCAAGGGAACGAGCGAAGCAGCUUGCCGAGGAGGUGAAGGAGCUCACUCAGAGGCUUGCGGAGGCCCAGGGAGAUAACAAGCUCCUGAGGAUGACCAUUACCCGACAGAGGCUGGGGGAUGAGGAGGUCGGGGUGCGCCACUUCCCCGCCCACGAACGUGAGGAUUUGGUUUGCCAGCUGGAGAGAGCGGGGCUACAGAUGGAAGAGAUGGAGCACAACGUGAAGGCCCUGACGGACGAGCUGCAGGACGUGAAGGCGGAACGCAACGUGUUCAGGGAGAAGGCCGACCGGCUCAACGUGGAGCUUAACCACAUUUUGGGGAACCGCGAGGCACGUAUCAUCGAUGUGGACGCCCUCUGCAUGGAAAACAGGUAUUUGCAUGACCGUUUCAGCCAACUUCAAGAGGAGGUGAACCUGCUGAAAUCAAACAUCAUGAAGUACAAGACAGCCCUUGAGAGGAGGAAAAACUCGAGCACAUAUGGGAAAUCAAACAGCAGUCCUCUAACUGGUGUCCUCUCAGCCAAACAAGUCCAGGAGAUGCUCCUGGAGGAGCAGGGCUGCAGCCUGCCGGCCACGCCUCAGUCCAUCUCCGACCUCAAGUCCUUGGCCACUGCGUUGCUUGAGACCAUCCACGAGAAGAAUCUGGUCAUCCAGCACCAGAGGCACACCAACAGGAUCCUGGGAAACAGAGUUGCAGACUUGGAAAGAAAGCUGAAGACCUUGGAGGUUUCAGGACUAUGGAGUCUUCCGGGGACCCGAGACAGUAUCGCACUGAAUGAAAACCUUCAACCUGAGCUUCACCCGACACGUGCCACAUCUCAGCUAAACAUGCAGCCCAAAGUGCAGCCACCCAAAGUUCUGUCAGACGACAGAAGUUCACAUGAAUCAUCUUGGGAAUGCCACACCGCUGGCAUUGACCUUGGCACAGAUGGCGUCAGCAGGGAAGACGCACCUGCAUUGCUCAACAGCCUGGAGCCUCUUGAGGGGGUGGAGACAAAUGGGAUUGACAGGAGAGGGGGAGAGAUGGUGACCCUGACGGAGGAUCCAGUCGCCGUGGAGCUGGAGGAGGGGCGGAGUCCGGUGGAGGAGGCAGGGCACGAGGUGGAAGGAGUCGAAGAUGAAGAGCUGGGCUCCACGGUGGAGGAAGGAGAGGAGGCGGCGCUGGCGCUGGACGUCCCGCCCACUGAAUCAGACCUUCGUUGGCUGUCGAUUGAAAAAGCGUCAGUCAAUCAUUCAGAGGUGGGUCACUGGCCGUGUGAGUCCCAGGACGACGGGUCUGACGAUGUACCUGAGCACGACGACGGCUCCGUAUCCAUUCCAGACAGCCGGGCCGCAGACGUGUCGAGCACGGGCGAGUGGGACAUUCACUGUCGAUCUGCACAGACUGACACCCGUCUCAGUGACAACCUGGCAUGAUCGGCGCCACUCAAACAUUUUAAAAAGCUUAUUUAAAUCCUUGUCAUUGGUAUUGAUGAUUGCAUUAAUCAUCCCUUGCUGCAUUCCCACAACACGACCACUGCUCGCAGCUUUAGUCAAUAAACCGGAGAGGAAGCCCUCCUCCUCCUCCUCCUCCUCCUCCUCCAGCCGCCGCUGACGACGUCCAAGGUGCACAUUGUAUCUCGACGGACUUGUUGCUGCGCGAGAGCAGAACGUCUUGGAAGCUGCAUUUAUACCCUACAGGAAGAAUUCAGCGAUGAAAAUAACAAAUAUGGCAGCAUCGACUCGUGUGCCCCAUAUUCCCCUCUGCCUUUCCCCUGCGAUAAGAUAAUCCCAAUUGUUUGCUCUCUUACUCUUCCUAAGGGAUAAACUGAAUGCUGCAUUUAUUUAUUUAUUUUUUUUGUGACUCUGAAAGGCAUUCCACCAAAACUUGUAAUGAAUGUGCUGUACAUACUUGUGAAUUAAUAAUCUUAAUAUCAGAGAUUCUAUUGAUGUCUAUUCAUCUGUAUGGGUGAGUCUAACUAAUCUGUCAAUUUUUAUCGUUUCCUUAUUUAACAGUUGAUAUUUUGACGGGACUACACGUGCCUUAUAUGUGGAAAUGCACACUGAUAUUUAUAAAUAUAAAUGCAUAAACCUGCA